AUGUUAGCGGCCGAAAACCCAGCUGUGGACGGCGGACAUUUGGCCUCAACCCCUCGUAGAAAAGGUAUGGAUUGUAAAUCACGCGACAAUGCAAACAAAAAACUUGUCCAAGCUCGUUUACCUUUCAAGCGGCUGAAUCCAGAACCAAAAGAAAAUCAGCCACCCAAACGUCCCUGUGGCCACGCUUGUCCAGGUUCUGGAGUAUCAGAAAGGGAAAACGAGACUGAGUCCUCUCCUCUUCCUCUGUGCACUGGCCCACCACUGGUCAAUGGCCGUGGGCCUUUGGAUGGUUUUCUAACCUCCAGACGACCAGUGUCCACUGAUGAAAAUAUGAUCAUAGAUCUAACUGAAGAGAAAGAAUCUCCUGUAAAAAGUCGACUAUCAUCAAAUGACAAGCAGCAGAAAAAAAGAGUCUCCUCUGGAAAAUCAAAUGGCACAAAGUCGUCUUCUGUCUCUGAUGCUCCUAAAAAACUAACUGUGGACCCUAUUGUGGUGGUACAAGAUGAAGACCAGAAACAAGAUCAGAACCUCUCAACGUCUAUUCUUGACACAACGCAAGAAUCUGAAAGUGAGGAAGAACCUCAGAAUGAACCUCAAGAUGUUUCAAGUUUGGGAAACCAAUCCCUGCUUUCAAAUUCCCUGAACAGCUCCAUGUCUGAGAGCUCUCCAGAAAAGUCCAAGACUGAGACCCCGACUCCUAGUUGCACACCCACAGAGCCAAAGACCACGCCAAAAAUUCCUGUAGAGAAAAAGACACAAAGACGCUCCCUCAAGGGUCCACAAGAACAAGAAGAGAAGCUCCGUCUCCGACAGGAAAAGGAGCGGCUAAAAGAAGAAGCUAAAGCAGAAAAAGAGAAAAAGAAAGAAGAUGCUCGCAAACAAAGAGAGGAGCGUGAGCGAGAGAAACGUGAGAAGAAAGAGCGAGAAGAGCGUGAACGGAAAGAGAAAAAAGACAACGAGGAGAAGGAAAAGGCUGAGCGGUUAAAGGCUAAAGAGGAGCAGCGCAAGUCGAAGCUUGAGGCUAAACUCGAGGAGAAACGCAAGAAGGAUGAAGAAAAGCGCAUUAAAGAAGAUGAAAAAAGAUUAAAAGAAGAGAAAGAUCGCCUCAAAGCUGAAAAAGCAGAAAUUACUCGAUUUCUACAGAAGCCUAAGACCCAACAGGCACCAAAGAAGCUAUCGGCUGCCUGUGGAAAGUUUGCCCCUUUUGAAAUUAAAGAGAAUAUGUUUUUGGCCCCUCUGACUCGAGUCACCUGUGACGAUUCGGUUCUGGAGAAACUGGACGAGUAUUUAUUAAAACCUUAUCAGAAAAGUAAUGGAAUCAAAGACUGGCUUCAGCAAAAACCACGGUGUUCAAGUCCCACCAAAACCAGGAUUACAAAUUCGCUUAGUGACUGCAUAGCAACAGAAGACCCUAAACCUGAUGGUGUCCCUGACCGCUCUCGACACGGUCCAAUGAAGCUGCUACUGUUUCAUGAAAACUACCGUCCCGCUUACUGGGGCACCUGGAGCAAGAAGAGCUCGCACAUUUCACCUCGCUGCCCUUUGAGACAAGACAAGGAUUUGUUGGACUAUGAAGUGGACAGUGAUGAGGAGUGGGAGGAAGAAGAACCAGGGGAGUCUCUGUCACACAGCGAAGGGGAAGAUGAAGAACCCGGUGAGGAGGAUGAUGAUGACGAUGAUGGAUUCUUUGUGCCUCAUGGAUAUCUCUCUGAUGACGAGGUGGCUUUGGAGGAAGAGGACGGUGGCGAUCUGGAAAAACAGAAACUUCAACAAAAACUAAAAGCAAAGGAAUGGGAUGAGCUGAUGUCGACAAAGAAGAAGAUGAAGCUGCUGGAGCCUGUUGUGAAGGGCUGUGUGUGGGAUGGGGCUGGUUCAGAGAUGUUCAAGGUGUAUGCUCUGUGUUCGAUUGAACCUUUGGCCAAAAUCGACAACAGCCCGAGUCCUGAGGAGCAGAGUCUGAAGAAGCAGCAAGAGACUCAGUUACUUGGGCAGCUGCUUCCUUUACUCCACGGAAAUGCAAACAGCAGCAAAACGAUCAUUACAGAGUUUCAGGAGUUUUGCCGUCAACAGUCAUCACCAUCCUCACCGCCUCAAAUGUCCAGUCCUCAAAACGCAACAGAUAAUAUUCCAUCCAGGUUAAAGUUGAGAAGACUCAUCAAAAACAGUGCUGUGUAUGAGAAGCGCUCUGCGUGUAAGCGGCGCUGCUGGUACGUCCACAGUGAGGUCCUGUCCCAGUUCGGUCAGGAGGUGCUGCCAGUGCCGUGUCAGUGGACGUACCUCACCACAGGAGCCAGAGAAGAGCUCCGUGAAGAGAGUCAGGCGGCGACAGGAUCAGUGGGCAACUCCCCCACCACUCCACAGACCUCUACCUCUGCUGCUCACAAGAGGAGGAGCACCGGCAGCAUGUCCAUCACCAAGUUCAUGAAGAGGUGCAACGAGACAGAAACGCCUGAGGCCAUGGAAGCAGACGGGUUCCAAGCAGAUACAGAAGAGGAUGAUGAAGAUGACUGUGUUAUUGUCUCAAUAGAUAAAGAUAAUAGCUCGACAAGAGUGAAUUCUGAGGGUUCAGCAAUGGACGUGUCUUUCUCUGACCUGGCCCCAGUGUCCAGCACUUCUGCCCUCACUUCUACCUGA